GAGUUUGUGUUACAGUGGCGAUGUAUUAAACUGCCAGUCUUUUGGAUCAUGCAGAAUACCAGUAUGUAUGAAAACGUGACUGCUAAUCUCAACACUACCCAGGGAGGGGUCAUAGCCCCGACUCUGUCUGAGAUCCUACAGACGUUCGCCCCGGCAGUGAUCCUCGUGGACAGACUGAUUUCGCCUAUUUGGUAUGUUGUCGGAUUGAUCGGUAACCCUAUUUCCGCGUUCAUAUGGCUCAAUCGUCGUAUGCGGAAGAACAACUCUUCUGCAAUUUACCUAGGAACACUUGCUGUUGUGCACACUAUUUUCUUGUUUCUUCACUUCAUAAUGGAGCUGAACUACGCCUGGGAUACUCCGACGUACAACAAGCCGGUAAUAUGUGCUCUGUUUAACGUUCUCUUGAUCAUGCCACAGUAUCUCACGCCCCUUUUUGUCAUGGCGUUUACCGUGGAACGUUAUAUUGCGGUAUGUCAUCCGUUUUCGAAGGAGAAGUUUUGUACAGUUACUCGGGCUAUCAAAGUAUCCAUAUGCCUGACAACGUUCUCCCUCAGUCUGGCGUCUGUUCAGGCCUAUAUUUGGGGCUACAAGGAAGAGCACCAAACCUGUAUGUUCGCUCCGACAGAAGACAUCGUAAAGUUCGAAAAAGUGUGGACCAUGGUUACGGAAAUGCUGCUGUUCUUCAUUAUCCCGGUGUGUGUGCUUGUAUUCAAUGUGUGUGUUAUUCGCGAGAUCAAGCGUAUUACUGACACAGUCCCGGUGAACAGUCCACAGGCAGGGAGUGGAAGUCCCACAUCCACCAUUACACUGCUGUCUGUAUCCUUUUAUUUUAUCUGUACAUUACUACCGGCGUCUAUUGUGUACGCGUUACAGUCUCUUCUCCCUCAAGGGGCGUACCCGUCAACCCUUCAGGAAAUGGCUGUGGACCCUGUCUGGCAAAGAUACUUCACGUACCUGACGAUUCGCAAAGUUGUGGAGGAGAUCUGCUUAUCUAACAAUGCCUUAUAUGGCUAUAUUUAUUACAUCACGGGUCCACAUUUCCGGAAAGAAGUUAAUAAAUUGUUCGGAAUUACAAAAUGUAAAAAACUAGUGAAAAAAUCUUCCACGCAAAGCCCUAAAACUGAAUAUUCUCUGGUGUCUUCGAACGGAAAGUCACAGUAUGACUGUGCGUCGACGCAGAUAUAGACAAAUUAGAUGUUAUGAGAGGCGACAAUGAUUGGCGCUGUUCAUACUGCUUGUUUUAUAUUUCAUUGUUUAACUGUAGGCAAAAAAAAAUCAAUUUCAAAUAGACUCGAGGAUGUGAAGUAACGAAGUGUAACAACUGAUCCCAGAAUUCUGUAUAACAGUCGUAUAUACUGUUUGUGACGUAGAAUGUACCUCUUAGUAACGAGGCGUCGAACGCAGAUGUAACAUAAUAUAUACAUGUAUAUUGUUGUGCCUGCAGAUUGCCAGCGAUUAUCUUAUGAACUGGAUACGUUUGGAAAUAGUGCUAAAUAGCAAACAUUUGUAAAUAGCAUAUAUUGAUGUACGUAGAGUUUGGGUGAGCUUCACUUACCAUUGGCUUGCUGUUGUAUAUUAAUAUAUGCUUGUAAU